CUUAUCCAACAUCGAUCUUCCCAAACCACAAUUAGCUUCAAGGAAGUAGAGUAUAUAUAUAUGCACGUUCUUCUUGAAGACGUCCUUUAGAAAUUAAGGAAACGGCAAAACCAGAUGCUAUGGCGAGGCUACGUUCAUUUUUCAGCCAUAUUUCUCUUCGCUUCCACAUGUUGGUUUUUCUUCUUCUCCUACAAGUUUGCUCGCAGCAUGCAUUCUCUCGCUCAAUGGUUAAGUUUCUUCCUGGCUUCCGUGGACCUCUUCCAUUUGAGCUUGAAACUGGGUAUGUGGCAGUGGGUGAUUCAGAGGAAGUAGAGCUCUUCUACUAUUUUGUCAAGUCGGAGAGGAGUCCUAAAGAGGACCCUCUCCUCCUCUGGCUAAUCGGUGGUCCUGGUUGCUCUGGCUGGACCGGCGUUGCGUUUGAAAUAGGUCCACUGAAUUUUAAGAUAGAGGAGUACAAUGGGACCCUGCCUGAGUUGGUCUUAAAUCCACAUUCUUGGACAAAGGAAUCUAGCAUAAUAUUUGUGGACUCGCCCGUUGGCACUGGAUUUUCCUAUGCAAGAACCCCGGCUGCUUCUCAGUCGAGUGACUUGAAACAAGUACACCAGCUCCACCAAUUCCUCGUUAAGUGGCUGAUUGAUCACCCAGAAUUUGUCUCGAACGCAUUCUACGUUGGUGGCCAUUCCUACACUGGCAUUAUUGUUCCGAUCCUAGUUCAACAAAUCUCAAGUGGAAAUGAAGAAGGUGUUCGCCCAUUAAUAAACCUUCAGGGAUACAUACUAGGAAAUCCAAUGACUGAUCAAAAAACAGAUGGUGAUUCAGUAAUUCCUUGCGCUUAUGGACUGGGACUCAUUUCUGAUGAACUCUAUGAGUCAUUGAAGAGAACCUGCAAAGGAGAGUAUGUAAUUAUAAAUCAGAGAAAUUCAGACUGUUUGAAGUACGUUCAGGCUUCCUAUGAGUGUCUUGCAGGAAUUAAUUUUGUACAUGUUUUGGAACCUUCAUGUGCUUUUGCUUCUCCUAAGCCACGGGCUACGUUUGAUCAAAGAAGAUCUCUUCACCAAAAUCCUAAAGUGUUCCUCGACCCCGACCCAGACCCAUCACUUCCUUCGUUUGGCUGUCGUAAUUAUGGAUACUUGCUUUCUCGUCAUUGGGCUAACGAUGAUGAUGUCCGCCAAGCCCUUCACACACGAAAGGGAAGCAUGGGGGAAUGGGAGCGUUGCAAAUCUGGAUUAGCAUAUACACAAGAUGUUGAAAGCACUUUUGAGUAUCACGUUAACCUCAGUACUAAAGGCUACUCAUCUUUAAUAUACAGUGGUGAUCAUGACAUGAUAGUGCCAUCUCUGGGGACUCAAGCAUGGAUAAGAUCUUUAAACUAUUCUAUUGUCGAUGACUGGAGGUCCUGGAUUGUCCAAGGCCAAGUUGCAGGUUACACAAGGACUUAUUCCAACCGGAUGACAUUUGCAACUGUGAAGGGUGGGGGGCACACAGCACCAGAGUACAGGCCUAAAGAAUGUUUGGCUAUGUUCAAAAGGUGGAUAUCACACGAACCUUUAUGAUCACCUCCAACUGCAUAGCCUUGAUCGAAUGUUAUUACAAUAAAAAUAAUAAAUAAAUAAAUACAAAUAGCUGCAUAGUAUUAAGAUCUUAUUAAGCAUUACUUUA